AUGCCAUUCCUUGUUGAGGAUUCCUGGAUUAAUGACCAGGUUUCCACCCACGACAUCUCCGAGCUCGAAGGAUGCGCCAUCGCUGUUGAUGCAACCUAUUACCUGAGCCAGCUUCUCGAAACCCCUCCGGCCCAUGAACCUCUCUUGUCAGCUCUCGGUGGCCUUACUGGGGUCGAAGCACACAUAAACCAGAACCUCGAUCUCUGGGCAAAGUCUGAGAUUGUCCCUUUCUUCGUUUUCGAUGGCCAGCCCGUAACUGGCCAAGAUGACAUCACUCUGGAUCGUGGCCUCAAGGCCAACAAGAAGACAGAUGAGGCCUGGAACUUGUACUCUCAGGGGGCCGCUGAGGAGGCGGUGACGACCUUCGGUACUAGCCCAGGUGCCUUUCGCAUUCAAAAUCUUUACCCGUUGCUUCAAACGGUUCUGAAGAACCGUGGGCUUCACUUCUUGGUUGCGCCCUACACUGCGUGCGCUCAGCUCGCCUAUUUUGAGAUGAUCGACUCAGACCAAUGCUCGGGUGUGAUGGGCUCUCAGGAACUUCUCCUAUACCCUGUCAAGGAUUCUGUCAUUCGGGCAUUCGACUGGGAAGCCAAGACCGUUUCUGCUAUCUCGAAGAAGAAGGUUAUGCGCAGUCUUACACCCACUGCAAGUGAGCCAAGGUUCAUCGACUCAUUUCUCAUGGCCGGUACAUCGUUCCUGCCUCCAUUCCCUGCUCUUCUGGAAAGCUCUAUAUACUCGGACUACAAUAUUUCGACUGCCGCCAACUUGCUGAGGACUGCAGAAAACAGUGUCGCAACUGCUUGCGCCAGCUUCAACGAUAUACUCCAAAGCAAGGACUCUGGUUGGCUUGAUAAGUAUCGCAAGGCAAGAAUGGUUGUUCACCACUUCGUUUACAUUGCUGAGAGUGGCGAAAUCCGUGUAAACGACUAUGAGCACUUGACUAGUGACAACCAUGAAUACCUCGGCCUCCAGUUGCCGGCUGAACUAUUUCAUUAUCUUAACACCGGCUUGAUUGGGCCCCGUCUACUGGGCAACAUCACCCAUGGUCAACUUCUCAUUCAGCCAACCUUGGACGGAGUUGCCUCGGACGAAUACAAAAAGCUCAUCACUGACAGAAUAGUACCCAUUAAAGAGCAGGCCCUUUCUCUGUUGAUCCCCAGACUUCACCGAGGUAUCCAGCACAAAAAUAUCAAAGUUCGUGUCUGGUUUGACCCCAAAUAUUCUUACACGAUCAACCACCGCUCUGUCAACCCUCCUCCCUCCCAGAGGGUUGCUAGCUGGAGUGUCAAGGAUGAGGAUCUUCGUGCAUUCUUCCCUGAUGAUUUCGCGGGCCCCGUGUCGCUGGAAGUCUUGUCACUUGUUAACUCCGACUUUGUGGCCAAGACAUUCCCCAAGGACAGGCCCAUAAAGGGAAUCGACAGCACAGAAAUGGUGACCUCGGUUGCCAUCUGGCGAUUCCUCCACCUGAGAGGAUACGCCAAUGACGAGCACAAACUUACGCCUUGGGGUAAUGCGUUGGCCAACACUCUUCUGAUUCUCCAGGACGCCAAGGAGAACCAUCCUGAGGUGACUGGUUUGCCAGAAGCAGCCCUGGUUGCAUUUGAACUCAUCCGAAACGGACUUUUGACAGGGAAACACACUGAAGGCCAAGCUGGCCUGCCCCGGAAAGGUUCUUAUGAAGAAAAAUCAACUCUUGUGCUGAUCAGCGAGUGCGCUUCCUUGUUGAAGCUUCGGCACCAGGUUUAUGGAUACACUGGUCCGCUUAACAAAAACCUGCUCAGCUUCUGGUCCUUGGCAUCGGCAGUGAGAGAAGCUGAUCGAGAUCUGGUUGAGGCGAUUGUGGCUUCUAUGUUCUUGCUACCUUUUCAUCAAGAGCCCGAUAUCGGCCUCGGCAUUGCUGUGCGGACCUUCUUUGAUGACGAUGAAGCUGGAGGGGACAAGGAGGCUCGCUUGCAGCGGCUGGAAGAGUUCCCUAAGACAUUCGUGCCGUAUGCCGAGUCACUAACUAAGGACUUCCGUGUCGUACGUGACUUUAUCGAUGCACUCGUUAAGGGCGUUAAAAUGCUGGGUACGGACGAGCUACGUGCGGAAGAUAAGGAUGCAUGGACCAAGGCCCAGGCAUACCUCGAGGCGCGACCAUUCUAG